AUGCGGGAGAACUACGAGACGGUGACCUCGCUGGGAUUUCCCAUUCCUAAACCUGAGCUGAUCUCCCACCUGGAACGAGGGGAAGAGCUGUGGGUCCCGGAUCUCCAGGCCUGCAAGGAAAGAGAGAUCCCGAGAGGCGACCGCACAGGUGCUGAGCGAGGGAGUGAGAACGUGGAGGGGAAUCAUCAUCAGGAAGUUCCUGGGGAAGUGGAACGACGGGGCACAUUUGUGGGAAGAGCUGAAGGAAAUUUUUCCCAGUGCUGGGAACAGGGAGAAGCCUGCGGAAAUUGGCACAGGUCAGAGAGGCUUGUGGCAAACCACCCAAGGAAGAAACUGGUUGAAUCUAUUAAAUGUGGGGAAGGAGACAAGGAUCCCACAACCCAGCAGACAAUUCCCAAGGAAGAGAAACCCUACCACUGCCUCCAGUGUGGGAAAGGAUUCAUUGUGAGAUCACAGCUUGUUACACAUCAGACAAUCCAUACUGGAGAGAAACCCCUUCAAUGCUUGGACCGUGGGGAAAGCUUCAGUAAUCGCUCAGACCUGAAUAACCAUGGGAGACGCCACACUGGAGAGAGAGCCUCUCAAUGCCUCGAGUGCGGGAAAUGUUUCAUUUGGAAGUCAGAACUAAUUAGACAUCAGUUAAGCCACACAGGAGAGAGACCAUAUAAGUGCUUCGACUGUGGGAAAAGUUUUAUACAGAGGUCAGACCUUCUUAAACAUCAGGCAAUCCACACAGGAGAGAGACCCCAUAAGUGCUUAGACUGUGGGAAAAGUUUCAAACAGAGGUCACACCUUUUUAAUCAUCGGGCAAUCCACACAGGAGAGAGACCCCAUAAGUGCUUAGACUGUGGGAAAAGUUUCAGACAGAGGUCACAGCUUCUUAAACAUCAGGCAUUACACACAGGAGAGAGACCCCAUAAGUGUUUAGUCUGUGGAAAAAGUUUCGUAUGGAGGUCAGACCUUGUUAAACAUCAGAGAACCCACACAAGAGAGAGACCCCAUAAGUGCGUGGACUGUGGAAAAAGUUUCAUACAGAGGUCAGACCUUCUUAAACAUCAGAGAAUCCACACAGGAGAGAGACCCCACAAGUGUUUAGUCUGUGGUAAAGGUUUCAUAUGGAGGUCAGACCUUGUUAAACAUCAAAGAACUCACACAGGAGAGAGACCUCACAAGUGCUUGGACUGUGGGAAAAGUUACACACAGAGAUCACAUCUCAUUAAACAUCAGAUAAACCACACAGGAGAGAGAUCCCAUAAGUGCUUAGAGUGUGGAAAAAGUUUCACACAGCGAUCAUAUCUUGUAACACAUCAGAGGAGGCACACAGGAGAGAGACCCCAUAAGUGCUUGGACUGUGGGAAAAGUUUCAUAUGGAGGUCAGACCUUGUUAAACAUCAGGCAAUCCACACUGGAGAGAGACCCCAUAAGUGCUUAGACUGUGGGAAAAGUUACACACGGAGGUCAGACCUUGUUAGACAUCAGGCAUUGCACACAGGAGAUAGACCUUAUAAAUGCUUGGCAUGUGGGAAAAGCUUCGUACGGAGGUCAAUCCUUGUUAGACAUCAGAGGAUCCACACAGGAGAGAGACCCCAUAAGUGCUUGGACUGUGGGAAAAGUUUCAUAUGGAGGUCAGACCUUGUUAAACAUCAGGCAAUCCACACAGGAGAGAGACCCCAUAAGUGCUUAGACUGUGGGAAAAGUUACACACGGAGGUCAGACCUUGUUAAACAUCAGGCAAUCCACAUAGGAGACAGACCCCACAAGUGCUUGGACUGUGGGAAAAGUUUCAGAAACACAUCAGCCCUUGUUAAACAUCAGGCAUUCCACACAGGAGAGAGACCCCAUAAGUGCUUAGACUGUGGGAAAAGUUACAUACGGCGGUCAGACCUUGUUAGACAUCAGGCAAUCCACACAGGAGAUAGACCCCAUAAGUGCUUAGAUUGUGGAAAGAGUUUCACACAGCGAUCAUAUCUUGUAACACAUCAGAGGAUUCACACAGGAGAGAGACCCCAUAAGUGCUUGGACUGUGGGAAAAGUUUCAGAAACAUAUCAGCCCUUGUUAAACAUCAGGCAAUCCACACAGGAGAGAGACUCCAUAAAUGCUUGGACUGUGGAAAGAGUUUCACACAGCGAUCAUAUCUUGUAACACAUCAGAGGAUCCACACAGGAGGGAGACCCCAUAAGUGCUUGGACUGUGGGAAAAGUUUCAGAAACACAUCAGCACUUGUUAAACAUCAGGCAAUCCACACAGGAGAGAGACCCCAUAAAUGCUUGUACUGUGGAAAGAGUUUCACACAGCGAUCAUAUCUUGUAACACAUCAGAGGAUCCACACAGGAGAGAGACCCCAUAAGUGCUUGGACUGUGGGAAAAGUUUCAUAUGGAGGUCAGAGCUUGUUAAACAUCAGGCAAUCCACACAGGAGAGAGCCCCCAUAAGUGUUCCGACUGUGGGAAAAGUUACACACGGAGGUCAGACCUUGUUAGACAUCACGCAGUCCACACAGGAGAUAGACCCCAUAAGUGCUUAGACUGUGGAAAAAGCUUCAUACGGAGGUCAAUUCUUGUUAGACAUCAGGCAAUCCACACAGGAGAGAAAUCCCAUAAAUGUGUGGACUAUGGGAAAUGUUUCAUACAGAGUGGCUGUGUGGGAGCAGAGCCUGGAGGGGUCUCCUGGGACCCAGCAUGGCACUGUUGGGCUUUCGUCUUCCUGAUCCUGAAAGACGACCUGAGCAGGGAGGGGGAUCCAGCCGACACCCUCAACUCCACCAGCUUCAGCUAA